AUGGACGUGUCAGCUGAAGGGCAAACGCGACCACUUUCUACAUUGUCUGCCUUCAGUUAUAUCCCACCACGCAGGAGGGAACCGAAGGAACUGUCAUAUUUUCAAAGUGAACCCAAGGCUCCAGAGGUGUCCAUGUAUGACCAGCUGUUCCACCAGCCUCUGGGUUACGAUGAGAACAUCCCCCGCGAUGAUCGAAGGCACUUCAAAGGGAGAGGGUUGGACAUUCACGAGGAGGAAAUGUCCAGAAGUAUACCAGUGCGAAGGUCUUCAGAAUAUGGCCGGCGUCCAGCUCUACCCUCGUACCAGCCCGACCGCCAGCACACUCGUGUGGAUCGUGUUCAAGCAGACUUCUUCAUGAAGAAUGGGAUCCCCUGGACUCUGCCUCAGGACGGGUGA